GAUUUUGCUCUUCUUCUUCUUUCUUCCCGCUGCAGCCACCCGAAAAAAAAAAAAAGGGGAACCCAGCCAUGCCUUGGAAAACCGGUGAGAAAGCUUGGUUUUUGGCCUUCUUUUCUUGCUCUAGAACACAAAUGGAACCCAGAAAUCUCCCCCUUGCAAGAAGCUUCUGAAUCUGCUCUGCUCCUCUUCACCGCCGGCUGCUCCUGCUUUGUGGGGGGCAAAUUUCUCUGAUUUUGGGUAAGAAACAGCCAUGAAUCACCCUUCUCCAGCUUUGAUUGCCUUGGGUUUAUGUUAAUUGCUCUUGGUUCCUUCAAUUUUUGGGUAGCCCGUGAGCUUUCAUCUUCCAUGCCGCCGGCCUUCCCCAAUCUGCAACUCCAGUUUUAGCUGGAGAAUUAUGACACUGUUCACACCCCGAGAGUCAACGAUUAACGGGGAUUUAAAUGAUUAGUUUGUGAUAUAAGAACAAAUUUGGAGAUAUCUGAUAAUGUGGAGAUUUAUAGAAAUAGCAUUGUGAUUAGGGGAUGAUCCUAAUGAUGAUUUCAGUUUGAAUUUGUGAUAGUACGGUAAUUAAUUCAUGGAUAUUUUGAUUAGGUUCUUGAUCGUUCUGUCAGUUUAGUACGUGAAUUGAGUGCUCGGUUUUGUGGAGUGAGUGACCCUGCUAGUGGGGGAGUUUAUAAACGCUAGCACAUGUCGGCACAUGUCGAUAUGUUAUUGUAACCCUGCUAGUGGGGGUUAAACGCUAGCACAUGCCGGCACAUGUCGACAUGUUAUUGAUAGAACUGGUUCAUUGAGUGACCCUGCUUGUGGGGAUUAUACACCAGCAAACAGUGCGCCUGCCAAUGGGUGUUAGACGCUAACCAUGACCUAUAGAGGAGACGUCUAUUUCGUUCUCGUAUUGUAUCCGUUUUUCGUGAUUGCACAUGUUGGCAUGCUAUAAGUUUAAUUAAGGGCACUCCAUAUUUACUUACUAAGUUAUCUCAUAGUUUUCCUUGUCCACCAUUUCAGGAAGCGAAACCGAGGACAAGGAAACCAAGGGGAGUGACGAGUUAGAAGGCUAGCCAUUUCAAGAUUGACAUAGAUUUUAGAAAUAAAUCGUGAUAUUAUAAACUCGACUUUAUUGGAGAUUUUGAUGGUAUUAGUUUGUGAUUUAAAUAAGUUCCGAGCCUUGUGCACUUGUGGGACCCGUCUCACAAGUGCACGGCGUCUGUUGCGCCUCGGAUUUGGGUUCUGGGGCGUGACAUUCAUUGUAAAUGGAAUGCAAUUGCUUUAGGGGAAGGAUGAGUUAACCGGUCUUCUUGGUGUUGUUGGUAUUGAUAUAAAUGGAAGCUACUUUACACUUUUUUUUAUUAGUUUAAUAUGUUAAUAAAGAAUUAGACAAUGU